UGAACGAUGUUUGUUUUCUCCAUACACGACCAGUAGGGUGAGAGAUCUGCACCGUUUGGCUCGUCGUGAAGUCUCGUAGCUAACGGUGCAACGGUUCAUUUUUCACCCUUGUCUGAGUUGUUGUAGUCUUGAAGCCAACAGCCAUGGCUCUGUGCGGGGGUGUCGGAGCCUUGGCUUUACCCAGUGAGCUUAUUGUUCACAUAUUUUCCUUUCUGUCAGAUCGAGACAAGCUUCGGGCCUCGGUCGUAUGUUCUCGCUGGAGGGAGUGUCUGUUUUACCCAGCGUUGUGGACAGAGCUAAAGUUGCGUGUCGGUGGAGGGACGAAUGGAGGUGGCUCUGGGUCUGAGGAGACCCCCAGAUUAGAAUUCCUCAUGCGCAAGUUUGGUUCCUUUGUGCGUGAGCUGCAGCUGGAAUUUGCCCCAGUGGAUGGGUACCUAAGCCCAUUGCAAGCAAUGGAGGGCAGAAUGGAACCUGUGGAGAGCGACCCACAGUUUUCUGACCGCUGGAAAGAUGCAAUGGUCACUUAUUUGGAUCAGGUGUUAUGUGUGCUUCGUAGUCUUCGUAACAACAGAAAUCUACACAGGUUGAGUCUCUAUGGUGACACCUGCAUUCUUCAGGAUGAGGGUAUAUUGGACAGCUCCUAUCUCCACCAAGUUGAUCAUGGAAGCAAAAAAAUCAAAGAAAUCCAGCUGCUUUUUGAGGAGAUCCUGUCCAACAGCAGACAGAUGAAGUGGCUUUCCUCCGCCUUCAUGCUGGGCGUGGUGACCCCCUGCUCCUUGGUCUCACUCUCCAACCCCAGUGCCAGUUCCCUGGAGCACCUCAGCCUGCUGGACAACCAGCUGCCCAGCCUUCUGGCCCCCGUGGAGCUGGACCGACUGGUGCACCUGCGCUCGCUGGCGCUCGACUUCAGCGACUUCUCCUCCGACAUGUGCUGCCUCCUGGCAGGCCAGGACCGGGCCCCGCUGCACCGCAUCUCGCUCCUGCUCAACGGCGCCGCCCUGGAGGCCAAACCGCUGGACGGCACCGUCAGCGAGGACGACUGGAAGGCGCUGGUGCGACGCGGCGGCAACCUGCGCGUCUACAUGAUGGCGCUGGACGUGUGCAGCCAGAACCUCCUGCGCGUGCUCAAGCCCAGCAUGCCCCUGGAGCGCAUCCACCUGGACAGCUACAGCACGCCGGUGACAGAUGGCACUGUGGAGCUCAUCUCCCAGCAGUACCACAAGACGCUCAGCCACUUCGUGCUGAUGCGCGACGACUCCGGCUUCCCCGACCUCAGCAUCAACCGCAAUGAGGAUCCGCUCGUGCUCCUAGCCUGGCGCUGUGUGCAUCUGGCCGUUCUUAUCAUCCAUGGUUACACGGUGUGGUCCCACAACCUGGUUGCCAUCUCACGCUUGCGCGGCUCCAACCUGAAGGUGCUGGCCGUAUCCGAGGAGAGCAUCGACUUCGACCCGGACCAGUCGGUGUUCAUCGAGGGCGACCCCGUCCACAACCUGGUGAAGGAGGUCUCCCUGGGCCUGGGCCGCGUGUGGCACCCUUCCCUCGACACCAGCGUGGUCCUCAGCGAGCCCACCCAGCACUUCCACCGCGAGAUGCAGAGCUUCAGCGAGGGCAUGUGAACGCACCCAACCCACGCACGCACGCUCGCCUGCAAGUCCCGCCUCUUCCCGUUUCUCUCUCUUUCUCUCUCUCUCUCGCUCUCUCUUCUUCCUCCUCCUUCAUUCCCCCUCUCUCACACAACUCCCAACUACGCCCUACCCUAACCCCAUGCCCUGUGCUUGAUGGUAUACCUUUCACCUUUAUUCAGUCCUGUUUCCUUUGAUGUACUUUUUUUUUCCCUCCUCUGUUUUACUUGCGGGUUUCUUCUCAUUUUACUAUUAUGAUUUUUUUCUCUCUCCUAUAGUGUGACAAAUAAUCCUUUAUAUGUGCUGUGUUUAUUCAGUAUUAGCACUAUAUUAAUAUCUCUCUGUAUAUCCUGCUCAUUAAUAGGAGAGUAUAGUUGGGUAUCGAUUUAGUAGCUAAUUGAGUGAAUGGUGAUGAGGGGCUCAAUGUUGUGUGUGUUUUUUGUUUUUUAUCCUUUUUUUUGGAUAUGCCUAGCUUACGAUCGAUCGUACAGUGAGCGGUUUUUGUUUUGUAUUUUCUUUCUCUAUUUUGCUUUAGUCAUCUGUCGUCUUUGACUUUCUUUUCUUUUGUUUUUGUCAGAGUUUGGUGUUACCAUACAGACAGAGAACAGAACCAUCACUUUUUAAAUUUAUCUUGGCUCAUUUUGCAAAGACAAGAUCCUGUGACCCUUUUCACACCCCCUCCUUGAUUUCUUUUAAAGGGAGAUUAGUCUUCCGGGCCAAGGGUCAGUACUGAUGAAAAGUUGCAAAGCUCUUUGCAGCCUUCCUCUCUGUUCAUCUGUUAUUUUUGUAAAUGUGUCUCUCUUCCUUAUUUUGUUUUCCUUCUAGAAGUUAUGAUGAUGAUGAUGAUGCUGAUAAUGACAUUGAUGUUAUUGUUGUAGUAGUAAUAGUUGUUGUCAUUGUUGGCUACAUUCGGGACUUAAGAUCCUGCUGGUUUUUCCCUCAGACUGGAAGUACGGUAGAUACACAGGUCUGCUGGUGAAAGAAAAAAAAAACACACACGCACACACACACACACACACACACACUCACAUGAUAGUGGAGGGUUUCAAACUCCUGCGUGCCGCAAGUCCUUCCCAGCACUUUACCUAUGGGGGCUAAGCGUUAGCAAAGAACUAGCUGCAGGUUUUUUGCUCUCAAACAACAACAACUAAAAGAAUAAAUCCUCUGUCCGUCUCAGGUAGGCACAAACAGGACGAUGACGAAGAUCUAGAUGAUGAAGAUGAAUGAAACAAUCAGCUACUCUUGUCAGUUUUAUCUGUUCUUUUUAAAGUCACAGUUGCCUUGGACCCCCCCCCCCUUGUUUUCUUUAUCAGAGUUUUUACUCUUGGAUUCAAUCAAUUCAAAAAUGUCACUUUUGCCCGUUUCUCUCUCCUCAGACCAGUCAUAGGGUAGACAUUAGUGUGUUGCACUACAGUGUAGACGCAUACUCAGUAGAGUAAUCCUGUCUUGGUCGUUGCUGAGGGCAAAAUCGUGCAUGUGCUGGGUUGAAUCCAGGCCUGUGUUACAUCUUUUGUGGGUGUGUGUAUGUGUGUGUGUGGUGGCUAGAGGCUAUUUGUUUGCUUGUUCCAUAUCUCAGGAUUCCUGCACUGCGAUACUUUUUGUUUUUCUGUAAUGGCUUUUGUGAAGGCUGGUUGUUGAGGGAGCGCGGUUGGUCUAGAGAUGUCCGAAACGCGAGACGUGUUAAGGAAUUGUGAGGUUGUAGGAUAGCGAAGGAGGAAAAAAUACGAAGCUCUUCCAAAAGAGUGCUCUUCAGGGGGAUGUUUGUUUUUCUUUAAAGAGAAAAAAAAAGUUCUCUGUCCCUCACGUUGUUUCUCAGCUCACUCCUUCUCAGUUUACUGCUUCUUGUUAUUUUUUUUACAAAGUUGUCAUCAUCAGUGUUGUGUGUGCUCAGUGCUUUUACCUGAGAUGUGUUAUCUCUUGCGCAUAUAUAUAUAUAUAUAUAUAUUUCUUUUUAACCAGAAGAAGUUACUAGUGGUUGCUUGCCUAGCGUUAGAAAGUGAAUGUGAAGCUCAAGCCUUUAUUUUAAAAGAAGAGGAAACCUCUUGCUCUGCAGAGGAGAGUUCCUGACCCUUCCACACCUCAGCCCGCUCCUCCCGGUCCUUUGAUGAACGCAUAUCUCCGGUCCUUGCCAGAGCGAAUCCAAUCGGAGCGCAAGGCAGAGUGUUUUUCAAGGGAGAGGUUAAGCUUGGUGCUUUGGUUUAGAGGAUGCCUUGAGGUCUAUGGCCUUUUUUAAAGAAAUGGCCGGAAUUACCAAAGCGAGUACUUCCAUAAAGAAGGAAGGAAUGAAACUUGUAUGCAGGUGAGGGGAAAGAGAAGUCCGUCUUCCCUAAGAACCGUGAGGAACGUGGUUAGUGUAAGGCCAGCUGUGAAAUGACGCAGACAGUAAGAGACGACUCGACACUGCAUGCCACUAAUGAGGAAGUGAGGCCAAGUGCAAAUAUCCUUCUCUGGACGAACGUGCAUUUUAUGUUCUUUGCCUGAGAUCUAGAAAAGGUGCAAUUUAAGAGAAAAACAUAUGCAUGCAGAGAGAAGAAUCGCAGUAAGUUCAUUUGAAAGCCCUGUUUCUAUUUUAGUACUACACCAAAAAAAAAGGACAUUUCAUUGAGAUUUCUAUAUUUUGAUCGGAUGAUAUAUUUUGGUCAUCGCUGAUGAAGAGUGGCUAUAGACUGAAGAUUGAGGGAUGAGACUGUGUCUGUCGGUUGUUACAAUAUGUGAACUGCUAAUGCAUAAACUGCUACUCCAUGCUGUGCCUGAAACCCAGAAUAGCUAUCAUUUCAACUUCACGAGUUCUCAAAGGUUGUUAGUGGAGUUAAAGUCUACAUCAAGUGUUGGACUAUCGUUACAAAGGCAAAAGGUUGUCAAAGCAUCAGUGAAAACAUUUUUUUACUUUAAUUUCCACAUUUUUUUUGCUCUUUUUGUGUUUGAAGAUUUCUUCUUGGUGUGCAUUUGUGUGCGUGUUUUAUUGUAAAAUGAUUCAAAAAGUGUGUAGAUCAAGCGGUGAGCGUGUGUUUGUAAGAGUGUAUGCGCGUGUGCGACUCAGUAUAUAACAAGAAGAAAAACAAGGCGUACCACUUUCUCAGCAGUGAACAGGAAUCAGUUUUUCUCAGGGUAACUGUCCGGCAAGGAGCAGAGCGGAGGGGUGGUUUUCAAAAGCUCAGGCCUCUUAACUACGAGAGAGGAAAAAGUUACGAGAAUAAAAGUCAAACAAAAACAACAAAAAAAAAAAAAAACACAAACAGCUUCUCAAAAAGUCACUGGAUUUUAAAGAAAUAUUCUGUCAGCAUGUCUGCGUCCGCUGCCAAAGAUUAUGGUGAUGCAUAGAAAAAAAACCCUUCAUGAAGUGCCCACCUGCAGGCAUAAGGGCCGGGGCCAACAGCUUCUCGGGUCCGAGACGUACUGCUAUACUACUACUUAUACCACAUCUACUUUUAGAGUUUGAUAACGUGCUGAAGUGAGGAGCAAAAAGUUGGGCCACGUGUCGGUUUGUCGCAGCUGUGCUGUGACUUUUUGGGUCAACAACAACAAGUAGAUCUCUUAACAAUGCACCUGUUUCACUGUGAAGAGUGAAUGUAACUUAAGAUUUAAAAAGAAAGAACUUAUUGAUGAAUUUCAAAUCAAGGGUUGGUUCUAUCAGACCCACAAGCUGCUAUGAGACGUGUGAGGAACAUUCCACUGGGGAGUUUAAAAACAAAACGAAAACAUGGCCAAAUGUCUGCAUGAAAUGACUUAUUUUUUUACUAUUUUAUUCUUUUUUUUCUCUCUCUUUUGUUUUGUUUUCAUUUUUGUGGGGGUUGGAUUGAAAUGGGAUCCAUUAGUAAAUGACUGGUCUGCAAGGAUAAAACUAUUGAAGUGUGAAGUCUCUGAGACCUGGUUUGUUGUAUCGAUCCCUGCCUGCCUGCCUGUCACCAUGUGCCGAGGGCAUUUUAAGAGGGAUUGCGUGUUACUCGGGAAAAGUUUUUGGACCAGUUGAUUGUUACAACUCCAUUGGAUCCCCGAGUUAUUUUCAUGAGGUGUUUAUUUUCCUUUUUUUUCUUCUCUUUUUCAAAUUUAUUUUAAGUAGAAGAUGUUUGUAUGCAUUUACAAUCCAAAUCUCUCUCUCUCUUCAUCUCUAUUGUCACAAAGGAGAAAGCUGUAAAAAAAAAAAACACAGUGGGCUGCUCGGAAGCCAUCUUUGAGAGUCAACUCAAAAACUGUUGCCUGUAAAAGCUCCAUCGAGCGCCAAUAGCUACCUUACUGUUAUGAAAGUGACCUCAUGCCAGCCUUAAGAAGUGAGUGGAGAGAAAACACAUAAGUGAAAUAAGCUUGCAGUCCAGGUUGUGACCAUGCAUCUCAGUGGAGGUGACUGUAAAGAGUCUCGUCUUCUCGGUUGCUUUUAUUUUUUUUCGACAACCAGUUAACCCUUGAGUCACCUUAGACAGCUCCACUGUUGGUCCAAGACAUCAAGCUUGCCACAAUCUCCUCUCCAGCAGGCUGGCUAGCAUGUACAGCAAAGUCAAUAACUAUGCAAGUGGAAUGCAUAUAAUUCAGUGGCUCUUAACUCUUCUUCUUCUUUUUUUUCUUUCUUUCUUUUCUUUCUUUUUUUUCCCUUUUACUGUCACUCAUAAAUGGAAAUAACUUACUGCAGUGAUACUUGGCCUUAUUAUUAUUGCUAUUAUUAUUAUUAUUAUUAUUAUUUUAAGAUCUUGAUUCUUCGGAAGCCAACUCCGUUUCAAGGGCGACCGUGGGUACAGACAUGGUCUCCAUGAGACCGGCCAGCCGGCCCCAGUUCUAAGAGGUACGAAUGUUGUGCAUUUGUUUAAAAUCAGGACAGUUUGCAAUAAAGCAGUGGCCAACCGUGGGUGCACUAGCAGUGCUGAGACCUGGCUGCUACCUUAUAAACUUUUCGGGGGUGAGGAAGUUUGAAAAUAAAAAAAAUAAAACUUAAGGAAACUUUACAGUGCAUAAGAAGGUGUGUGUGUGUGCAUGUAUAUGGAUAUAUAUAUCAAUGUAUGUUUAUAUACAUCCACACCUCUAUGCUACAUCUGUCCGGGUUCUAUUUAUGAACAUGACAAGAAGUUUAUAAGCAUUGUUGUUUUGCAAAAAUGGUUUUACCAUCUUAAAUGUUUAAUAUUAGGGCAGGUGUGUUCUGUCUUUGUCUCCAGUGAGCACAUAGCAUUGGAUUUUAUAUGUACAUCUGCAAAUGGGGAAAAACCAAUUCACCGGCACAGGUGUGAAAAUGCCAGGUGUGGAGAGAUUUCAUUGAUUGGAGAAGUGAUCUGAUGUUCCACAAUAACGAAGGAGAAAAACCUACGAUUAAAAAAAACCUGACACAUAUUGGGCAAACCAGCCGAAUGUUGAUUUUUGAAUCAAUGUUGAAUGAAUGCAUUUUCUUUUAAUCGGUGAAAUAAAAGCAUUAAAAAUA